UCAAUACGGUAUGGACACACUGCAAAGUGUUUGGAAUGUUCGAUAUUUGUGUAAAAUUCUGAGAGACCUGAAUGAAAAGAGGCAUGCAUUAGGGCGUCGAACGAGGGAUUUUCCAGCCCAGCAGAUCCUUGCCAGCGCGUGAAAAGCGAGUCGAGUGAAAAAUCGAAUCGGUUGGCACGGUCGCGGUCCAAUUAAUUUCGAACUGAACUGCGCGAUUUGCAGGAGAAGAUGUGUCUAUACCUGCAUGUGCAUGUGUAUCUGUGUGCGAGGUGGCCCACGGCUGUGUGUGUGAGCAGCGUGUGAGUGUGUGUUGGUGUGUGGGUGUGUGGGCACACUGGAAAGAAUCAAUAAAGGAUGUGCUGCGGAUUGCUGAGCGAGAAAAAAGGACGAAAAGUGCUAGCCAGCGCGAAUUAACGGUUAACUUUUGGCACGAUUAACGGAAUAACGGUCAAACAAGCCACACAAGCGAGAGAACAGUGAAAAUAACGAGAGUGCGGGCAGAGUUAAUUAGCAAAUUAACGAGUGGGUGGGCACAGGAUUUCAGGAUUUCGAUAUAUUUUGGAUUCCUGCACACGAACAAGAUGAUGAGAUACUGCCUCAUAAUUGCUUUGCAGCUGUCGUUGGCAUACUCCGUGGAGGUGCACUUCGAGGCGCCGGACAGCGGCUUCUUUCUGAAGCACGCCCGCCAACCACCUGUGACGCCGGAGAUCGCCAAUGUGCAGACAUCCUCGGCGGUGCCGCCGUUACGGCAACGAUCCUCCUACGACUCCGUGUUGUCCCUGGACAGAUUCACUGUGGUGGAGACCACGCAGCCGGUGUCCAUACGCGCCAGCUAUGGACCCUUUUCCACGAAACAAACGGUGCCAGCCCGCUACAUUGUGCCGGACACAAUGGACAGCCAGUCGGGCGAUUAUAUGAAUAAUGCCACUCUACUGGAGCUCCAGCAGCCCAACAUGCACCUGGACAUCUCCGCCCAUUUGGUGCGCUCCAGUGUUUCGCAGGAUGCUCCCGUGCUUCGGGUACUGUUCCACGCCGGAGCCGAUCCGGGUGGUCACUUGCAGCGCCAGAAGGUCUGCGUACUCCUGCACGUGGCCAUGGGUUCGGAGCAGCCUCUCAAAGGACGCUGCAUGCCGGAGGGCGAGGACGGUGUCUGCGUAGCCGAAGUGGUCGUGCCCCUGGGCUGGUGGCCCCAGCUGCCGGCGCCCACACAAGAUGGCAGUGGCCAGGCGCCACCCAAAGUGCCGCAGCGGUAUGCCCAGGUCUCGUACAGUGUCUUUGAACCGCCUUUGCGUAAUCCCGAGCAAUGCGAGCCCAAGGUGCAGAUCCAACCGUUGACCACAUUCGCCCAGGUGCCUUUGUUGGCCGCCAGGACUCCGUAUCGCAUGUUGCGCGCCGAUGAUGCCGUCACCUUUCUGCUGCCCCAACAUCCGCUGUAUCCACUGUCCCGCCUCCAUGUGCCCGUCUUUCUGCAUCAAUAUCCCGAUCAGCGGGUGGCCGCCUUCACUGUGAGAGCUCGUGUCAAGGCAGGCUUGAAGAUUCUGGGCGCCACCGCCUCCACAGACCAAUGGAGCGUUUCUGUAGAGAAGGAAAAUCCCAAACACACCACCGCUCGCGUCACUGCUUUCCGCAAAGAGGCCGAAUCCAGUCUGGAAAGUGGUGGCAACUUAACCAGCGAGGUGUUUGAAGUAUUCUCAUGGCUUCUCGAGGUGGCCGAGGACACCAAUGAUAUUGUGGACGGUGGCAAGAUUGUGUGGUCCGUGACGCAUGUCUAUGACACGCCCAAGGACAAGGAUUCCGGAGAACUGGUUAUACCCGAUGACAACAAGAAGCGACUAAUUGCCAAGCUGGAGAUCAACAAGGAUGACAUUCAGGCGGUGCUGCCAAUGGCCAAGAUCUGGGAGGUGAUGAACACGGCGGUGCUAACGGGCAGACAGGUGGCCCAGGCCAUGAAGGUGUUCAUCGUUUCGCAGGCGGGCAAGGUGGCCGAUGUGACGCUGCAGAGUUCCUGUCACGCCGAAGACGAAAGUGUGAUCAAGGUCUCCUCCUCCUGUAGCUCUGUUUAUGUGGAUGGCUCCGAGCAGCGCGGCUCAUCCAAUGCCUCGGUCAUUGUCAAGUAUGGCACCUAUGUGGGCGUGGCCAAGUUCAUCGUUUGGAUGCCCGAGUUCCCGCUGGAGGUUUACAUAUCCGAUUUCCGUCUCUCCCAGAUCAAAGGAUGGAAAGUAACCGAUGACAAUCACUAUCUGCACAACAAGCAGUCGCGUCGUAGAAAGAAGAGAUCCUACGUUUGGGGUCAGCAUGGAACCAACUACUAUAACAAUCUGGGAGCGGACAAGACGAUUUGUCGCGCUCGCUACCAGCAAAGUCCCGUGGAGGUGUACGCCAAAUUUCUGGCCGUGGACCAGAACUCUGGACGCACCAGCUACUUUAUCUCACGGCGUACAGGCUUAAGGGUCACAGAUCUGGUGCAGCCGCUGCUCCGUGUUGCCGAUCCCAAGAUCGCAUCUCUGAAGGGUCGAAUUCUGCAGGGCAAGUCCAUGGGACGCACGGAUGUCCAGGUCCUGUCACCCAUAACGGGUCGAGUAAUUGGCACCAAGGAAAUCCGUGUGGGCAGCGACAAGGUGAACCUCUCCAAGCUCAUCGUGCGCGUUAUUUCGGGCCUGCAGCUCACCAUCAGUCCGGACAACACGAUUGAGAACGGCUACCUGGCGGAGACUUCUGUCACACACAAGCUGACCGCUCAGUAUCAGGAGGGAUUGCUUGACAUCGAUUUGGAGUUUACCGAUGGCUCCAAAACUCCUUUGCGAGAUAUUGCCGUGGAGGACUACUUCCUGCUGGUGGAGAGUUUGGACACCGAGGUGGUGGCAUUUGCUCCCAUGCUGGCUUCUCAUCAUCCGCGUGUCAUAGCCGUGGGCGAGGGCAAUGGUAACCUGCUGCGCGUGACCCUUCUAUUGUCCGAGGAGUGCCGCCAGCGACGUGGCACGUUGAGCAGCUCCAAACAGAACAAAUCGAAUGCAGCACCAUUGGCUAGUGCAUUGGCAUCCAUUGAAGUGGAUUUCAACAAUGUGGAUAUCGUGAGCAAGCAGGAGGCUAUCCAAAAUGAUGGCACUGUGGGCAGGGAGAGAAAGAACUAUAGGCAAACAGGAGAUCUGGCCGAUAUCAUAGUGGGCAUCCCCUUGAGGGACUCCAGCCAGCUGUACGAACCUACUGUUCAGGCGCGUCAGCAUCGGGGCAGCAUUCAGGCGGUUCAUAAGGGUCAUCAUGGCAAGGGACUUGCAGGCACAGGCACAAUGACCACCAUGGAACUGGGCAUGUACGUCCUGCUCACGGCGUUCUGCUUCGCAAUUAUUGUGUUCGUGAUCUCUUGCGUUGUGUAUGCCUCUAAGUUCCGGCCAGCAAUGAUUGAAUCUGGCUUGGAUCCCCUGUCGGCGGGCAAGAACAAUGGUUCUGGUGGAUCUGGGGGCUUCCGGGAUGUGCGCCUGAAGGAGUCGACAACGAAUGCACACGAUUGGGUCUGGCUGGGACGCUCCACCAUCGACCGACAGUCCAUUGUGGCUGAGACUAACACGCAUCUGAAUCCGAGAGAUUCCCGCAUGCGCAUCACUAGCAAUCCGAUUGUCAACUACGACAAUGGACGCCGUGUGAGCUCCUUUGACCAACAGCCCAAGCUGCAGACACACAUCGUGCCGGCCUCCAAUCUUAACAAGCAGCACGCCGACCACUAUUUGGCCAACGAGCGCAAGGAUAAUGCCCUGGACUACAAGCCACCAGUGCCGCCGCACAGGAAUGUGGGCGCCCGAGCAUGCCUGCCCGUUCAGCCUGUGCCCGGUACUGGAUCUGUAAAGCAGGAUGCGGCACCCAACAAGCGACACAGUCAGCUGUACAGACGUGAGCAUUUGCAGACAAGCGAUAGCAAUGCCAAUAGCCAACAGUCGCCACCGCAGCCUAAUCAGCAAACGCCAACAGAACGACCACAUCCACUGGCCCACGCCCAUCCACAUCCUCAUCCGCACCAGCAUCAGCGCAGCCAUAGCCAUAGCCACAACUUCAGCCAGGAGCCACUCAUUAAGGCGGCGCACAACAAAAUCAAGCAGCAGCAGCAACAACAACAGCAGCAGCAACACGAGGAGCUGCACAACGCCGAGAAGCUGGUGGAGUAUACGAAUCCGCACCAGAAGAACGCGUUCCAGUUCGAUUCGCUGACACCAAAGAGAGUUACCAAAGCAGCCGCGUCCUCGCCGGCAACGCCGUCCACAUCAGCAGUCCAGGGCAAAGCUAAAGAAAACCACAGCAUGGCCAGCAGCACUGGGGAUGCGGCCAAUUCAAAUGGAACGGACGAGAUUAUAAGGCUGCCAGCCAGCGCCGUCAGCCAGGAGCCCACCACGAAAUCGUCGCGUGUCAAGCGCGCCACCGUGGUGGGCAAUCCGAUGUUCUCGGCCACCGUCGAUGAGUCUGUCGCCCCCGGAGAGCGUCUUGGCCUGGACGAUCUCGACAUGGAUUACGAGCAGAUCAUGCACUACUUUGACAACCUAAAGGAGUCAAAUGCCUGAGUACAGGAGAUCAUUGCUAAAAUUCGCGAGAUAUUGUCGACGUUCCAUCACCGAUAUCAAACGGUUGCCACGCCCCUGACCUCGCCCACUCGCCAGCAGAUGCAGCUGCUCGACGAAUUGGUCGCCGGCGUGGCAACGGCCACAGCCAUCACCGCAGCCAAGCCAACACCAUUGGCCCUGGAUGGCGGAGAGGGAGACGAGUCGGCUGAUGCAUUCGAUGCCUACGAUGGAGCGUUGGACAUCGAGAGCAGGCAGUUCUAGACGUCAACCUGGCACACAUCUAAACGCAAUUCUAGCAAUAGCCCCCCCACUCAGUACUCUAAAAGCAAACCUUAAGGCCGCUCCAUCUACUCCGAAACGAAUCCAUGCUGAGGUCGAGCAAGGCAGUCCGGAAACGGACUGGUCAACCGGGCAAGGAGAAGGAGAUAAGUCGAUGGAUGGAGAAACAUAUUUAUUGCUAGGCUAAGUUCAUAUUUAAAGCAUACACCUAUAGGCAUAUGUAAACGUGGAGAUAUAAUCCAAGUGUAUCUCGAGGAGCGCGUGCCUGACACAAUCGGAAUCGACGGGCAAGCAUAUAUAGUAUACAACUAUCUAUAUCUCUGUAACUGUAACUGUAUCUGUAUCUGUAUCAGUAUCUGCAUAAGUACUAUGGUGUAGUUAAGGAUCAGCCAUCUCAAGCAUAGCUUAAUCCAGACAUUUUUUCCCAUUCUCUUCGCUUCACACACACGCAUCCUUAGAUAAUGUCGCAUGUCCCAUCCGUCUGGUUCGAUUCAACUUUUCUAUAUAUAUUCAGACGAUCUCGGCCCGAUCUUGCAUAUCCUAUAUCUACUCUCUGUUGCGUCUGUGUGAGUGUGAGUGCAUUUUGCGUGCGUGUGUGUGUGUGCGCCAGAGAAAGUGAGAUAGAUAGAGAGAGAGAGAGAGAGAGAGAAAGAGCGAAAGUGAGGGAGACAGCGACAGAGAGGUUGAGAGAAAGAGGAGAGUUUCCAAAAUGUGCCGGGCACCGCUCCCAAAAGUCGCUAGAACUUAAAAACUGAAUAAUAUACAUGCUAUACACACGUAUAUAUAAAUAUAUAUAUAUAUAUAUUUAUGAUUAUAUAGCGCGCGCUAAAAUUUAAAGCAAAUCGAAGGAUAAUCCAAAAUGCUACAUUAUCUAAAAUGGAAACUUGAACAGAAAUCGUCGCUUUAUAAGUUGGCAAUCGAUGCCCAAUACCUAAUACCAAUCAUAAAUCGAGAAACCUAGUAAAGAAACACACAACAACACACACCACACAGAUCACAAAUAAUAUAUAGACGCUUAUGAGCUUUAUUUGAUCGAUUGCAUUGAAUAGGAAGCAGCUAAGAGCAGAACAGAACCCCAAAAACCGAAUCACAAAGAAGUAGCGGGGAAAUGUGUAACCAAAUAUUAUAUGAUAUUACCGAGCGAUCCAAGCUUUAUAUAACAAAUUUACCAUAUUUAUAGCAUACGUGCAUAUUUAUUACCAUUACCAUUAUUAUUAUUACGAUUAUUAUUAUCUUGUCUUACGAUUAUCAUUAUCAUUACUGUAUUUAUUACCAACGAGAAAAGGAACAAGUGCAAAAUUACUUCAAACUCAAGUCGAGAAGCCAUACUUUGAAUAGCGAAAUUAGGCACGAAACGAGGACACACUGUAACACGCAAGGAUAAAUCAAAUGCCGCCAGGAAGCGCCAAGUCCUUUCCCCAACUUACGCCUAUCUAUAUAGGGAUAUAUAUUACGAUAUAUAUAUAUAUAUGAUUAUAUAUUCAUUCACUUGUGUGUCACACCAGCGCGCUCUCCUUCUGCGUAAAUUUUUGAAAUUGUAAUUGCAUCUGUUCGUUUUCCGUAUCGAGUUGUAAGGAUAUAUCAUAGCACCCGAAAGCUACUUCAUUCCAUUAGCAAAUCUUAAUUGUAGCCACUAAACGCGUUUUUGUCUUCUUUCGUUUCUGUGUAAGUCUGUUUAAUUUCGUUCGUAAGGUCCUGUAAGCACAUCCUGUAGCUAUGCAUAAGUGUCUCAUCCGAUUAGUUUAUAUUUUAGAGGCCAUCUAAGUAUUAUGUUCGUUUCUCUCAUUGUUUCAUAAUCAUAUGUUGUAAAUUGUUCCGUCCAAAAAAAAGAAAAUAUGAAAUGAGAAACAAAAAAACAAAACAAAGCUGAAUGAAACGAUAAACAAAAGCAAACGAAACAAAGCAAAUGCAAAUGCAAAUGCCGAAGCAAAAGCAAAGCAAACAAUUGUAAAACGAAAUUAAGCAAUCUAUAUCUCAUUUUUUGUAAGGCUCCAAACGAGGCCCACAAUGAAGCGCACGAAUGCAUUGUUUGUAAACUAAAUUUGUAGUCCUUGCCAGACUUUCGGACAUCUAUUGCACUGUAUACUGUACAUAACGUGUUGAAGGUGCAGUGCGUUUCGCGGACAGGCUGAGAAAUGAGAUGAAGAGUCUUCGAAAUAACUGAACUUUGCCUUAUAGCACGCAAACGCACUGUACCGCAUUAUUAAACUUAGUCCUGAGUUGCUCCCUAUCGAUCUAAGGACUGCAAAGACACACGCCUACACCAAGGACACAUCACUGGACACAUCCUGUUGAUUUCGACCUGUAAUAUCAUUAGCAUAUAGUACUAGAUGCAAUUGCCUGUUGUCCCCGACAUAUCCCCGAUCCUAGUCCGCACAAGCCAAUCGAAACAUACACCAACACCAACACCAACACACCACACACACACUCAGUCGAGCUGCACUGCCAUUGGUGAAAGUGAAAGUGAGAUUUAGGCCUAUUGAAGCUUCCAGCAUUUACCAGUGCCAUAACUUUAUAACUUUAUAUAACUUUACCCGCACGCCCAGCCCAGCCCAGUACGAGGAUCAAUCCGGCGAUUGAUCUCGGCUAGCAUCGAGCUUAGCACUAGCUUUCUUCCGAGCUUGCUUGUUGGACAGACAGUGAGAACGAACGAAGAGACAUCAGCCUCCCUCCAUUAAAGAACUUAGUCUUAGCCGAUCUGGAGUCCAAAAUUUCGUUGGAAAUUCCGUCAUGCGGAUCGGAACCAUCUAGUGAAAAUUGUAAUGGCGUGAGGCGAUUGAUGAGUAUCAGCAUUUUUAAUCUAGACAAAUGCUUGGCUUCAAUUCGCGGAUCGGCUUAAUCCUUCUUGUACUUGUAUGUAUGUAUGUGUUUAACGAUUCCAAUGCAAAGACUUUUAUAUACCUUUUUUUUAAACUAAAUAUAUAUAUACAUAUAUAUACGUAUACACCCAUAUAUUAGAUUGUACAUUAUUGUUUAGCAUGUUUCGACUGCAAUUUAAGCCGAAUUUUAGAUCUUCUCUAGUCAGUUCAAAGCGUUUUUUGUUCGUUUUGUCACGCCCACCAUACAGAAACACACACACACGCAUACACACCAACACACACACACUCAUAGUUUUAUAUAGUCAAGGCAAGCUUUUAACGCCCCCUGCCACGCCCCCGCCCCUAAACCUAAGCUGUAUGUACUUGUAUGUAAUAUCGAAACACACAAAACAAAAAGCAACAAAAAAAA